ACACGCGCGACCGCGAAUCGGUCCACAUUCCUCCUCCCACCCACCCUCCCCACUUCCCCCAUUGUCCAAGCAUCCAUUCCGGAAAGUCUUCCGAUCCUCUUUAUAUUCUCUAAAACCCGUUGGAAAGUUGGAGGUUUUGGAAGGGAAACCAUGGGGGUGAGAGCGGGGCCGCUGGAAAAGCUGAUCGAGAGGGCGGGGGGCUGCGCCAUUAUCGACGGCGGCCUCGCCACCGAGCUGGAGGCCCUGGGAGCUGACGUCAAUGACCCCCUCUGGAGUGCUUUUUGCCUCAUCUCUAACCCCGAUCUCAUCAAACAGGUUCAUUUGAGGUACCUAGAAGCAGGUGCAGAUAUAUUAGUAACUUCAUCUUAUCAGGCAACUAUUCCUGGAUUUUUGUCCAAAGGGCUGUCCAUUGAAGAAGGAGAAUUUUUACUCAGAAAAAGUGUCAAACUGGCUGUUGAAGCCAGAGAUGAUUUCUGGAAGCAUCUGCAGAAGACUUCUAAACAUAACUACAACCGUGCUUUGGUGGCAGCUUCUGUUGGGAGCUAUGGAGCUUAUCUUGCAGAUGGUUCAGAAUACAGUGGACAUUAUGGAACGGAUGUGAACUUGGAGAAACUGAAAGAUUUUCAUAGGAGGCGGUUGCAGGUUUUGGUAGAUGCUGGCCCUGAUUUGCUCGCAUUUGAGACCAUUCCCAAUAAACUUGAAGCACAGGCUUUAGCUGAGCUGCUUGAUGAAGAAAACAUACAAAUUCCCUCUUGGAUUUGCUUCAGCUCUGUAGAUGGUGAGCAUGCCUCUUCAGGAGAGAGCUUUAAAGAAUGCCUUGAUAUAUUGAAUAGGAGUGAUAGAAUCAGUGUUGUUGGAAUAAAUUGUGCAUCACCUCAGAUCAUAGAGAACCUCAUCCUUGAGUUUAGGAAGCUAACAAAGAAAGCAGUAGCUGUUUACCCAAAUAGUGGUGAAGUAUGGGAUGGUAGAGCCAAGAAAUGGCUGCCAUCUGAAUGUUUUGGAGAUCGCAGUUUUGAAGUGCUUGCAAAGAGAUGGCGGGACUCAGGUGCUAGUCUUAUAGGAGGAUGUUGUCGGACAACACCUUCCACCAUCCAAGCAAUUUCGAGGGUCCUGAAAAACAAGUCCUGACUUGAUUCCAGAUCUUGUUGUUAAUCACUGCUUACUAACAAAGAAUGGUAACCAUUACCGGAAAACUAGGAAUGUUAACUCACUAAGCAAUGGAUAAUAUUGUGUCAAUUCAUAUAUCAUUGUUUUCUGUAUGUGUUUGGUAGUUCAUGAUGUCCCUUUUACGCUAGCGUGCCAUUGAUGGAAGAGAAUUAUUCUAAAAUGGAUUUGUUCUACACUAUUCCGUAUUCUUUAUAGAUAUUAUUUCAGUC